GCUCUGUGGGCCUUGUAAAAACUUGACAACCGGUGAAAUCUUUUACAAGCAGUUCUUGGACAGCCUUGGUGUUUCAGUGCAGCCUGGUGACCUGGCCGGUGUAAGUACACAGGUGUCCGAGGGAAGUCAGCAAAGAGAGGAGGAGAGGAGAGCUGAUCACUCUGAAAGGAUGAAGCAGAUUGACAAAGAAGCAAAUUGUUUAACUAAGAAAAUGACAGUACAGGAGAUUAUAUUUAAACUGAAAGAGCAGAUGGCACAGCGUGAUGCCACCAUCAGGGAAAGCUUCCUGGCCAACUGCCAGCAACCUAAUGGACGAGUCACCAAGAAAGAUUUGAAGAAGCUUCUGGACAACUGUGGAAUGAUCAUGGAUAAUGAGCAAUUCCAAACCCUGUCAGAUGCACUUGGCUUUAAGAAUGAAGGCAUGACUUACCAUGAUUUUCUGGCUGCAUUUGAAAGCUUCUACCUCAACAGAUCCAAUGUAGGCGCCCCAAUUGGCUCAAACCACCAUGUGAAUGGCACUCAAGUUCAUUAUAUGACAGCGGAAGAGUGCCUUGGCCAAAUGAUGAACAAAAUGAACGAGAAGUUUGGGGAUCUGUAUUCUGCAUUCUAUAAGAUGGACAGGAAUCGUGACGGAAUCCUCACAAUGCAUGAUAUCCGGGACCUUGUCGACAGCUUCAUGUUUAUUAUGAAGGAGAAAGAAUACCAGCGCCUACUGAAGUUACUAGGACUGGGGCCGUAUUCUACCCUCAACUAUCCUGAGUUCCUAAAACUGUUUCAGGUCAGGGAAACAUCAGCAGCUCACCCUUGGCUUAAAUCAGUUCACAG